AUGGGUACCCAGGGCACGUCGCGUACCCUGGUCAUGCUGCUUGCCAGCAUCAAAGUUCGCCGCCGUCGUCAGGAACCUGGUUCAGGACCAGGACCAUCUGCAGGCUGCCGCAGCGCCGGCGUCUUGAUUCACAUCCCUGGUCUGGUACUCCGUCCUCCGUAG